ACCAUGUUACAAAUUAUAUAAUGAGACUAUUGUCCAAUGAUAUACAUAAAUGUACGACAUAUAAUACUAUGGAUAAAACUGUACUCCCUCUAUCACAAUUAUAUUCAUGCUCAGGGUAAUUCUUAAACACUUAAAUCCCAUAACAUAAAUCCGCAGUCCAAGGAAGAAAUGGAAACGCUCAUCUCCAUCAUGGGCGACGCUGGAAUCUGGAUGGCGAUUGACGUCAUUGGACGCAAUGGAAAUAUACUCACUUCAGGAGGGCCUGCUAACGGAGGAGAAUCAUCAGACCUUGUAAACUCAUCCCUGAUCAGCGGGAUGCGCAGCUACACGAAAUAUUCAGUCGGACAAACGCAUGAAGAAGCCCUCAACAUCUGCCGAUCUCUGGGCAGCUACCUCGUCAUUCCUUCAGUAUGUGUUCUAAAAUACUUGCUAACAAUUAUUUUCAGUAGAAUUUUAACCAUGCCGGCAUGUGUUGAUUUGUUGAGCGCUCUAUUGACCUAA